AUGUUGUUCAUCUGGUCAAUUAUAAUGUUCUCAGCAAUAGGUAAGUUAUAUAAUGCUUUCAAAGUAGUGUCAUGUAUUCUGUUUUGAAAGUUACAACAAUACAUUUUUAUUUCAAUUUAGAAAUGAGUCUCUGUCUAACACCCAGUGGCUAUGAUGCUGCUUGUUUUUGUGUGUACUUGUAGGUAAGAAUUCACUCUCCUUUAACUGAAUGUGUACUAACAGAAUGUACACUGUUCAGUGUUCAUUACAAUAUGGUAUUAUCAAUAUCAAGUGCUAAUACACUUUGAAACACCAAGUGUGGAUAUACUGUACGCUGUCUACAUUGACUCUGUAAUCCAUGUUGUUAUUUUUUACAGGUGCAAGUGUUGAAGACAUAAUUACUCCAGACAGAGAUGUAGUGGAUGUUAUGGAGGGUAGUAGUGUUAAACUCUCCUGUAGAUACAACAGCUCAUUAACCAACAGUCUGUUAUGGUAUCGCCAGCACCCUGGAUUCUCUCCACAGUUCCUCAUACUGGACUACUCUGGGUUCAUAACCAACACUGAUAGUACAAAAUGGACCCUCACACAUGAAAAGGAGGACAACCGUGUGGAUCUGGAAAUCUCCUCUGCUGAAGUGACAGACUCUGCUCUGUACUACUGUGGUCUGAAGCCCACAGUGACAGGAAACCCCAGAAAACUGUACAAAAACCUAUCUUGA